ACCAGCCAGCGAUCAGCCCGAACUUGGAACAACCAGCCCAGCGAUCAGCCCCUGCCACCAAUCACCAGAGCUCGUCGAUCUCGCCGGAAUAACUGAAGCACAGAACGGCGCUACAGAAAUUCAGCCACAAACGACGCCGUUCGCAUGAACCAGCCCUAAUUUAGUUAUAGUCCCUCCGACAUCAAACUCAAUUAGUUAUUGAGCAUUUCCUUGGUACUGGAAGAAAAGAAGCAACAGACAAUCAAUUGCAUGUGUAAAAGAACAAUAAAUUUGGUAAAGUUGAUGUGAGAAUAACUGGAUAAAAGCAUGGGAUUUAUCAUCUCAAGUUUUUUAAAGAUCCCUAUGAAAGUACUGGUGAUAUUGCUGUUAUUUCUGAGAAAUAUCAGCUACUCUGUAGCAUACUCGUCAUCUUCUUCUGAGACUACGAUGCACACUAAUAAUUGGGCUGUUUUGGUCUGCACAUCUCGCUUUUGGUUUAAUUAUCGACAUAUGGCCAAUACUUUGUCAUUAUAUAGAACAGUUAAGCGGUUAGGAAUACCUGAUGAGAGGAUUAUACUCAUGCUAGCAGAUGACAUGGCGUGUAAUGCAAGAAACAAGUACCCUGCCCAAGUUUUUAAUAAUGAAAACCAUAGACUUAAUCUAUAUGGGGACAAUGUGGAGGUAGAUUAUCGUGGAUAUGAAGUGACAGUGGAAAACUUUCUACGGGUGCUAACUGGUCGUCAUGAGACUGCUGUUCCGAGGUCCAAGCGACUUCUUAGUGAUGAAGGAAGUCAUAUUCUUCUUUAUAUGACUGGGCAUGGAGGUGAUGAGUUUUUGAAGUUUCAGGAUUCAGAAGAGCUUCAAAGUCAUGAUUUAGCUGAUGCUGUGAAACAAAUGAAAGAGAAGCGCAGGUUUAAGGAGCUGCUGAUAAUGGUAGACACCUGCCAAGCCUCGACUCUCUUCUCACAGCUUCAUUCACCAGGUGUUUUGGCAAUUGGAAGUAGCAUGAAAGGAGAGAAUUCAUAUUCACAUCACUUGGAUUCAGAUGUUGGUGUUUCAGUUGUUGACCGUUUUACAUUCUACACCCUUGCCUUCUUUGAGAGGCUGAAUAUGUAUGACAAUGCCUCAUUGAGCAGUCUUUUCAAUUCAUAUAAUCCAAAGUUGUUGAUGUCAACUGCAUAUUACAGAAUGGACCUAUACCAACGCCAUUUAGAGGAGGUACCUGUGACAAACUUCUUUGGCUCUGUAAUGGAAACAAUACACACUGAUUCAGCCUACAGAUCCCAGGCAAAUAAAACUUUUGGGGGAGCUAAAUCCAUUAUGCCUUUGGAUCAAUCAAUCUCCGACAGUGACACAAACUCUGAUGACGAGGAUCAACUUAAUAAUUUAAGUUCAGAGGAAUAUCUACACGAUAGUUUUGGACAACUAUGGAAUACUGUUCUCAGCAACGUGAAUACUUUUGAAAGCAUUGAUGCUUUUGUGUGCUAUGGCCUGCUUUUAAUGCUUCCUUUGUUGGUAGUUUUGACGUGGCUAUCACAGUAAAUGAUUGAAGCUACGUUCUUUAAGUUGGUGUGCAUUGCAGAGACAUUUCUUUGACGUCAUUUGUUAGUGUUGCUUUCAAUCCAAUUUCACACAAAAAGCAGAUUAUUAUGGGCUGCAUUUUAUAUGUGGGCGCAGACUACUUAGUUCAUAGUUGUUUCCCUUGUUAGUGUAGUAUUAUCAUGGUUCGUUGGGUUCUGAUAAUGCAUAUUUGCAUGAAAUGGAUAUCACUGAACAUCUUAUCAAAGGAUUUUAUUGUUAUAUUUUACAUCUUUUUUCUCUGUUGUAUAUUGUUACUUGUA